AUGUCGCAUGCGGACAAAGGUCGCCUGAUCCAUCUGACGAAGAAGCGUCGGAUCGAAAAGGAGGACAUUGAGAAUCAACUGCAAAGGAUCGAGGAGGACAAGGCGCGGGCUGGCAUCCAGAAGAAGUUCGCGGCGAUCAAUGAGACACCGGAAGAGGCGAUCAGGGCGCAGACGUACGGACUGGUCACUCUGGACGAGUUGAAGAGCAUUCAGAAGAAUGCACUGUCCAACCAGGACCUCCAGGUGGCCAGAGGAGAUUCUGGGCCCACCGCUCGGACUGCCCAGGAUCUCGAAGAAGCGCGAGAAAAAGAGGAGCACGUGAAGCGGAACACCCAGAAACGGGUGUUGUCGUUCGCGUUCGACGAGGCAGAAGACGACGAUGACGUGGUGCCGGUGAUUCGGAAGAAGAGGGUCGGCAUGAAUCCGGACGUCGACACCUCGUUCCUUCCCGAUCGGGACCGCGAGCUGGUGAUCCAGCGGAGGAAGGAGGAGCUGGCGGCCGAGUGGCGCAAGAAGCAGGAGGCGGAGAAGAACGAGGAGAUGAAGGUCGACUACGCCUACUGGGACGGCUCGUCGCAUCGGAAGGCGAUGAAGGUGAAGAAGGGGCAGACGAUCGGACAGAGCAUCGGGAAGGCCAUCGACGCGCUGAAGCGAGAGUUUGCCGAGCUGCGAUCGGUGAGCUCCGAGCAGGUCAUGUUCGUGAAGGAGGACCUGAUCAUCCCGCACCACUACACUUUCCAAGACUUUAUCGUCUCGAAGGCGAUGGGCAAGACGGGUCCGUUGUUCGUUUUCGACGCGGCCGCCGACGUUCGCAUUCGUCAGGACGCCGCGCUCGAUUGCGGCGAGAGUCAUCCGGUGAAGAUUGUGCUGCGCUCGUGGUACACCAAGAACAAGCACAUCUACCCGGCGUCGAGAUGGGAGCCGUUUGUGCCGAGCAAGAAGUACGCGCGCAAUUUGGACGAUCUGAGUGAUUUGUAA